AUGCCAACCAUUGAGCUGGACACGAAUUUGCCUGCUAACCGCCUACCCGCUGGUUUAGAGAAGCGGCUCUGUGCAGCCGCCGCCGCCAUCCUGGGCAAACCCGAGCACCACGUGAACUUGACAGUGAGGCCUGGCCUGACCAUGUCGCUGUUCGGAUCCACAGAACCCUGUGCUCAGUUACUUGUAUCCUCCAUUGGUGUGGUGGGUACAGCGGAGGAGAACCAAGGCCACAGUGCUCGCUUAUUCCAGUUCCUCACCAAGAAGCUGGCUCUGGGCCAGGACCGGAUACUCAUUCGCUUUUAUCCAGUGGAGCCCUGGCAGAUUGGCAAAGACGGGACGGUUGUUACUUUUUUGCAAUUGACAUAA